AUGGGGCUCAACUUGACACUCACUAAACUACCAGAUUAUGAGCUGCGCGGCCAUGGGAGCCCCCGUCCAGGUAACAUGAGUGACGGGCCUGGACCGAACACUACCGCUCACAACGAAUUCGUCACCAUCGUCUUACCCGUGCUUUACCUCGUUAUAUUCGUCGCGAGCCUCUUGCUCAACGGUCUAGCCGUGUGGAUCUUCUUCCACAUUAGGAACAAAACCAGCUUCAUCUUUUAUCUCAAAAACAUAGUCGUGGCUGACCUCAUCAUGACACUGACCUUUCCCUUCAGGAUCGUCCACGACGCGGGCUUUGGACCUUGGUACUUCAAGGUCAUCCUCUGCAGGUACACGUCCGUGUUGUUUUACGCCAACAUGUACACAUCCAUCGUGUUCCUGGGGCUGAUUAGCAUCGACCGCUACCUGAAGGUGGUGAAGCCCUUCGGGGAUUCUCGCAUGUACAGCAUCACCUUCACCAAGGUCUUAUCCAUCUGCGUCUGGGUGAUUAUGACCGUCCUGUCCCUGCCCAACAUCAUCCUCACCAACACGCAGCCCACGAGGGAAAACCUUCAUGACUGCAUGAACCUGAAGAGCCCCUUGGGGGUCAAAUGGCAUCAGGCCGUUAUCUACAUCAACAGCUGCUUGUUCGUCGCGGUGCUGGUGAUUCUGAUCGGAUGUUACAUAGCCAUCUCCAGGUACAUCCACAAAUCCAGCAGGCAGUUCAUCAGCCAGUCCAGCCGGAAGAGGAAGCAUAACCAAAGCAUCCGCGUGGUGGUGGCUGUGUUCUUCACCUGCUUCCUGCCCUAUCACCUGUGCCGAAUCCCUUUCACCUUCAGUCACCUGGACAGGCUUUUAGAUGGAUCCGCGCACAGAAUCCUCUAUUACUGCAAGGAAAUGACACUUUUCUUGUCUGCCUGCAAUGUGUGCCUGGAUCCAAUCAUUUACUUCUUCAUGUGCAGGUCGUUUUCCAGAAGGCUAUUCAAGAAAUCCACUAUCAGGACCCGCAGCGAGAGCAUCCGGUCCCUGCAAAGUGUCAGGCGAUCCGAAGUCCGCAUCUAUUACGAUUACACCGAUGUGUAGGGGGGAAGGCCACGGGCCUCCUGCGCUUGUUGGUUGAUGUGGAGAUGUACAAAGUGUAAAUAAAGGCUUCUUUUUGGUUA